AUGGUCUCAACAGCUCCCCUUCUGGGGCCCCAGCCUCUACCCGUGGAGGACAAGUUGACUGCCUUCGAUACCGUUCCGCUAUUUAUGAAGUCCCUACCCGAAGAUGCCGUAGAUGAUCCAAUUGUUGGAGCUUUACAGAGUCUGGCAUUUGAAGGGACGCCAGAUGAGAUCGCCCAGAACUUCAAGGAACAGGGGAACGACUACUUCAAAGGAAAGCGGCAUCGUGAAGCUCUCGGGUUCUACACGCAAGGAAUAGAUGCAAAACCACAGGAUCCAGUUAUAUUGGAGGCUUUGUUGUGCAAUCGAGCUGCAUGUAACUUGGAAUUGAAGAAUUAUGGCACGGUUUUGAAGGACUGUUCAAAGGCUAUCCUAAUCAAUACUCGCUCGUCGAAGGCCCACUAUCGUUCCGCGGCAGCAUUGAUGGCCCUAGACCGAUUCGAGGAAGCCAUCGACUGUUGUAAUCGCUGUCUACAAUUUGAUCACGGGAACAAGGACAUACAUGUGUUGCGCGACAAGGCCACACAAAGGCAAGCAACCAAGGACAAAGCUGAGAGGGAGCGGCAAGAAAGAAUACGGAAGGAGACGGAACAAAAGCGACGCCUACGGGAAGCAUUCAAGGUCGAACGCAAUCUCGUUGUAAUACCACGCGCCGAUGGAUCUUCAUCAAAUCCAUACUCCCCCGCGUUCGACGCGGAAGAUCCUGCAUAUAGUACAUUGAUUUUCCCUGUCUUUUUCCUGUAUCCACAAUAUGCCACCUCGGAUGUCAUAUCUCACUUUGUAGAGGACACACCAUUCUCCGCACAUUUAGCGACAAUGUUUCCACCAGAAGCUCCGGCACCGGAAUGGGAUCGCAGUGCGGAAUAUGUUACCGACAAGCUCACGCUGUAUGCUAUGACUUAUCGGAAACGACUUCUGAAGGUGGGGAAAAAGAUGACAUUGAAAGAUGUGUUCAAGACAGCGGGGAACAAGGAUGGGGAACCAAAGGAUGGGCUUGAGCUGAAAGAUGGGAGCUUGACUUUCGUUGUUGUACCGAAAGGUGAUGUUGAGAAGCGAUGGGUGGAUGAAUUUAAGAAGAGCAGAGAUCAUGCAUCGUGA